AUGGGUGGACGUUUAACCACCGCACCAUCGUCAUCAUCGACAACGGCACAUCAAAAUCCGGUUAAUGAUUCAGCAACAAAUUUAUCACAUGUGCGAGCACACGCAAACAGUACAAAUCAUCAUUCCCAGCCUCAUCGUCAUCGUUCAAGUAGCGGUCAUCAUAAUUCACAUGGAAUAUUCCGUAAUAAUCCAUCAAAUCAUAAUCGACAUCGUACAACAUCAAAUAUUGAUCCAUCGGCGGCUGCAUUUAAUUUAAAUUUAUUACGUUAUGUUGGUAUUGAACACGAGUCCGAUGAUCAAAGUUCAGAUGAUGACUCACCACAGGCGCGUCGGCGUCUACAACGUAUAUUGAUCGCACUUCGUGAUGCUUCGUGUCCUGUAUGUAAUAAAACAAUUCCAAAUGAUUCCUUUGAUAAACAUAUACUUCAAUGCUUAUCCAAACCACGUAUAGAUUAUAAUGAAGAUACACUAACUGAAAAUAAAGGUGAAUGUGUCAUAUGUCUUGAUGAUUUACUUGAGGGACAAAAAAUUGCUCGAUUGCCAUGCCUGUGUAUCUAUCACAAAAGUUGUAUCGACAAUUGGUUUCGCAUUAAUCGGUCAUGUCCUGAACAUCCCGGCGAUUGA